UAUAUUAGAGCACAAGUACCCAAAGUGUCGUAGUUUCGCAAGUGGAUACGCCAAACAAUCAUGAAAAUCUAUAUGAUUUCACUUGCAUGUAUUACCCUACUGGUUCCAGCUGCCAAUGGAAAUUACGUUAUUCUAGGACAUAUUAUUGAUUUUGUCUUGAACUCAUUGAGGAAAGUACCUGAAAUCAUUCCAUUAUAUCCACAGCCGAAAUAUGUUGAUGACAACCCUACCUACGACUUCAUUAUAGUUGGAUCAGGUCCCACAGGAUCUGUGCUCGCCAAUCGAUUAACUGAAAUCGCAGAAUGGAAUGUUCUGCUGUUAGAAUCAGGCGAGGAACCAGGCAUCAUAACAGAUGUACCAUUUCUGUGCGGUCCCCUAGAAUUCACCGAAUAUAACUGGGGAUACAAAUCUGAACCUCAAAGUGGAUUUUGUAGAGGCUGUACUGAUGGUAGAUUGGAAUGGCCCCAUGGCAAUGCUCUAGGUGGCAGCUCUAUAAUCAACUACAUGAUUUUCUGUAGAGGCAACAGACUCGACUACGAUAGAUGGGCAGGUGAAGGGAACCCUGGCUGGUCCUUUGCGGAUGUCUUUCCUUAUUUUUUGAAGUCAGAGGAUGCUCGUCUGGCGAGGAGCGACAGAAAUUACCAUCGACAAGGAGGUUACUUGACAAUAACCGAUGUCCCGGUCAGGACUAAAGCUGCCGAUGCGUUUGUUGAAGCAGCACAAGAAGCUGGGCAUCCAUAUACGGACUACAAUGGGGCAAGGCAGCUUGGGGUAGGUAUUGAAGAGAAUAUGAAAAAAGGAAUCAAGGCACUGAAUAUUUUCAAGGUCUCAUACAUUCAAGCCAACCUCAGAAACGGUAGAAGAUGUAGCAGUGAAAAAGCAUUCCUUAGACCAAUUAGAAAACGUGAGAAUCUGGAAAUUCAAACUGGUUCAAGGGUUGUGAGGAUACUCAUCGAUUCAGGAACCAAACGAGCCUACGGUGUUGAGUAUGUUCGGAAAGGUGAAACUCACUAUGCGAUUGCUGAGAAGGAGAUUAUCUUAUCUGCUGGGGCUCUGAACACUCCACAACUCCUGAUGUUGUCAGGAAUAGGACCAGAAGAGCACCUCCAAGAUCUAGGAAUUCCAAUUCUCCAAAAUCUUCCCGUGGGAGAGAUAAUGUAUGACCACGCUACGUUUCCAGGAAUCUUCUUCCGGGUGAAUGAAAGUAUACCUUUCAACCAGGUGGAAGCUCUUCUCAGUCCUGCAUCAUAUAUCGACUUCAAAAGAGGAAGAGGACCCUUUACUACAUUAGGAGGUUGUGAAGUGAUAAUGUAUAUAAGAACUGACGUAUCCACUGAUCCUGAUCAAUCAUAUCCUGACAUGGAACUUCUCAUGGUAGGAGGAUCAAUCAAUACAGACUUUGGAACUAUCUAUAGACGAAUCUUCAACAUUCCUCCAGAAACCUAUGAUAAGAUAUGGAAGCCUUUAGAAGGGAAACCAGUAUACCAGGUUUUCCCGAUGUUAGUUCAUCCUAAGUCCAGAGGCUUCAUCAAGCUUGAAUCAAGAAAUCCAUUUGAUGCACCGAAAUUCUUUGCGAACUAUCUAUCAGAUCCAGACGAUACAGAUAUAAGAACUUUCAUAGCAGCAAUAAGAGAAAUUCAAAGGAUCAAUCAGAGUCCAGCGAUGCAGAAAUAUGAUAGUACUCUAGUGGAUACUCCUUUGCCAGGAUGUGAGAGAGAGAUAUUCAAUACUGAUGAAUACUGGGCGUGUGCUCUGAGAACUCUCAUAGGCAGUCUUUACCAUCAGGUAUCUACUUGUAAGAUGGGACCAAAAACUGACCCAGAAGCUGUGGUAGACCCACGACUCAGGGUAUAUGGAGUAGCAGGACUACGAGUAGCAGAUACCAGUAUAAUACCUCACCCUGUCACAGCACACACUGCUGGUCCAGCAUACAUGGUUGGAGAGAAAGCGGCCGAUAUCAUUAAAGAGGACUGGAAUCCUUAGUAAAACGAAUUGAUCACGGGUAUAUUGGCUUCAAAAACUGUAUCUUCCAACUUACAUUUGCUGUUCCAAUAUAAUUAUCAAAUAUGGAUAUGUCUUUCUAUGUGGCGAAUGCAAUUGACUUUUGAUUCGAAACUG